ACAAGUUGACAACCGACACUAAAUUGCCGUCAUACUUCACACAGUGCUUUAUCUUUCAUUGGUUGGAACCGGCGACAGAGACAUCCAAAUAAUCCCAAAAUCUCUCCUCUCCCCUUUUCUCUCCGCGCUCAGAGUACUCAGAUCUAGUCCCGCCUCAACUCUCACAAUGCGAGCUCUUUAGCAACUCCUCUCAGCAAUUGUCUGCCGAUAAGCAGUUGUUGUGUUCGAGAUCAUGUCGAGGAGAGCAGUUAAUCCCUCUCGACGAUUCGGGGACAGCGGGGGAGGCGGUUUAUUUGCCAAUUCGAAAUCGCGUUAUUCACCGAUUCUAUCUGCUGGCCUUAUCGCCGUGGGAGCUCUGUUUUUUAUUGCCUAUUCAUAUAGCAACUCAGGUGGAUUUGGCAAAAAUACAGAGGCUAUUAGCAGGGUUGAAGGUGAUUACUCAUGCACUGCAGAUGUCCAACAAGCAAUUCCUAUUUUGAAGAAAGCAUAUGGAGACAGCAUGCAUAAAGUUUUGCACGUUGGCCCAGACACCUGUUCAGUGGUCUCUAAAUUGCUUAAAGAGGAAGAAACUGAAGUCUGGGGUGUGGAACCAUAUGAUAUAGAGGAUGCAGAUAGUACCUGCAAAGCUCUUGUCCACAAAGGCGUCGUGCGUGUAGCUGAUAUCAAGUUUCCUCUUCCAUAUAGGCCAAAAUCGUUUUCUCUUGUUAUUGUUUCAGAUGCUUUAGAUUACUUAUCUCCGAGAUACCUCAACAAGACCCUUCCUGAUUUGGUAAGAGUAUCAGCUGAUGGUCUUGUGAUGUUUACAGGCUAUCCUGGUCAUCAGAGAGCUAAAGUUUCUGAUGUUUCCAAAUACGGGAGGGCGGCUAAAUUAAGGAGCUCAUCCUGGUGGAUACGAUAUUUUCUUCAGACGAGCUUAGAAGAGAAUGAAGUCGCCAUUAAAAAGUUUGAGCAGGCUGCAACAAAGAUGUCAUACGUCCCAAACUGCCAAAUAUUCCACCUGAAGUCACUCCAUUGAUAUCUUACGUACUUCCACCUCAGGUCAUUUGAUUGAUAUCUGGACAUUCUUCUGUCAGUAAUACUGAAGCUCCACGGCGCAGCCAAGUUGAAAUUAUCUUCAAUUCUCUCUGUAACAAUUUCUCUGAAAAAAAUGUUUAUCAUGAUCAGUUUACAUUAUUCUGUAUGUUAACGCAUCAUGUUUUAUAUUCUUUGAAUUAACUUAUUACUUGGAAGGGAAGCAUGAAUCAGUAUUGUAUAUGCUCUUUCCAAGCUCACUAAAUUGUUGUAACUCGGAUGUCCAAAAAAAGAAAAAAAAAUUUGUUGUGACUCGAAA